GUUUCCAUCUCAAUCCAUGACAGAUAGGUCAGGACAUUUUCUUACUGUUAUUCAUUUGAUCGUAAUUACUUUCUGAUUUGGUUUUGUAUUAAAAAAUAAAGGAGUGAUUUAUGCUUAGGCUUGAUGAGUGUGGAAUAAUUUCUUUUUCGAUCUCAACUUUAUCAAAAUAAUUCAUGUGUUUUUUGCAGCUUGGUGACAAUUGGCUUUGUAAUUGUAAAGCAGGUAUAGCCUGCUGCGACCGAUAUGAUCUUUAAAAAAAUAAAGUUAUACCAAAUAGAUUUUGUAACUUGAGAUAUAGAAAAAUAUGUUUACAGUUAGUUUCCUUUUAUCAUUUCUCUUUAUUUAUUAGUUUGACUUAAUUGAGAAUUUAACACGUUUAUUAACAAACACAUGUAAUAUAUCAAUGCACAUGAAUGCAUUGAUAUUUAUCAUGAUAAUUAGGAAUUGUAACGUAAAAAACCCAAUAAAAUAUGUUGUUUUGUAUAUAUUUUGUGGGGUGGGCGUAAUUAAAGAAUUAAGUGACUUCAAUGCGCAUAAAAUAAUGUCUUAGAAAAAUGUCUACGUGCAGUUGCUUCUCAAGAGCAAUGUACAAAUUCGGCCCAUAUUUUUUUCAAUCGUGAAUAAAAAAUUAAACGUGCGAAAUGUUAAAGCCAAUUUAAUUAAACCGAGAGUCUAAAUCACGUAUUUGUCGGAGUAGUUACCUUUAGAGUGGAUUUGUUUCGUUUCCCACCUUGUUGAUCCAGUUUAUAAAAAUGGAAAUAGUUAACAAUUUGGGCUUCACGCUGUGCUGUGCUGCCCAAAUGUGUGCUCGACUGCAUUCCACCACUGAGGAGAAAUAUGUCCACACCACACGAGGACAACGCCGCGUUUCUUACUGCUCCCCACGUUCAUUGUGCAAAAAAUGGCUUUGCAAUCUAAGAUCUAAUAUCCAGCUCAUUUACAAUUUGGAUGGACCACUCAGGGACCGCAGGGUUAAAUAACUCAACCGUAGCCAGCAGCUUUACGCAUGACAUCCCCGUGCGUGCCGUCUUUAUCCCGGUGUCCUGGUCACAUCGCUUUGACUCGUGGAAUACCAAAACCACAGCCAAUACAUAGACAGAGCUCGGACCAAUUUGUAUUUUCUGCAUUUUUCUUUUGAAAUAGACGUUUUGCGCUCAACAAUGGCAAGCGCUUGCGUCCUGGUUGAGUUGGCUCGGAGGAAGAGGUGCUUAACCUCCCUCCUGCCAGUUCUGCAUGGUCAUGACCUGUCAUCACGCCCCUUCCACAGCCCAGCUCAUCCUAUUGGUCCUGCUCAUUGUCACUCCACAGCUGGCUGGCACCGCCCCUGCGUGGGUUGAGGGAAGGGAGGGAGGGGUGGAAGGGCGCACCCGGACAGACCUAAAAGAGGAUAACCUCGCCCCCUUCCUCUCGCCCCCACCCAAGAGUAUCUCCAGCCCUGACAACGCGUCGCUAGACCGGGGCUGGGGUCCGGGUCGAGAUAACCAAUCAGAUAAAUUGAUUGACCCUGCGCGGGUACUCGCUGUUCUUCUGGAGGCCCUGGACCACCCGAGGGAGAGUGAAAUCCAGGGGGGUGCAUACAGAGACUGGGAGGAGGAUCAGAGUCUGGAGCUGCCCUCCAUUGAAGGCUUGGAGGGUGGUGAGAUAAGCAGAACAGGGGAGACAGAGGGUGAGAGGGGGGAGGAGGAGGAGGAGGAGGAGGGAGAAGAGGAGGGCCGACGGGCUGAUAAGGCUAUUGAACAGCUAAUUGUAGGCCAUUUGACAGCUGCUCAGGGUGGUGACUUUAAGGAAAGGGAUGAGGAUGAUAAAAACACAAGGUCAGAUCAAAGGUGGUCCGUGGAGGAUGUGGGAGCUGAUGGUGUAAAUGAGGAAGAAGGGAAAGAAGAGGAGGGACGACAUUAUUUAGAAAGUUUAUUAAACAAGGCAAGAACAGGUUCGGCCUCACAGGGAGAAGAGUCCUCUCUGCAGCGCAAAAUAAGAGGCUACUUCCAAAACAUUGACUUGGGUCUCCAAGAUAAUGAGAUCUUGCCUCCUCUGAAGGGCUACAAGGCAUACAACACUCAGCUAGCACGAGCAGGGAAGAAGCAGCACUGGGAGGAGAACCAGUCCAACAACCGACCCUCCACAGGGGGCAAUUUCAUGGACGAAUUUGAGGAUGAAGGUGAGGAGCUGGAGGAGGAGGUUGAAGAAGAGGAGGAGAGCCUCUCCCACAUGGAGGAGGAGGCCAGAGCUCGCGCAGAGAAGCAGGAGGUGCUCCGGCAGCAGGAGGAGGCGGAGCGAGCCCGAGAGGAGGAGCAGAGGCUGGCAGACAUCGCCUCUGACAUGCUGCUGCAGUACAUGGGGAGAAAGCAACAGUCCUAUAUGAAGCCCCGGCAGAAAAGCAGCAUGGGACUCGCCAGCAACACCGCCGAGGACAAGCGCUCCGAAGAGGUCCUCCCCGACGAAGACGACCUGGACCAGCAAAUGAUCGACAGGCUGAUCGAGAUCAGCAGCAAACUGCAUCUGCCCGCUGAUGAUGUCAUUGAGAUUAUUAGUGACGUAGAAGAGAAGAAGAAGAAAAGGAAAGAGUUGCAAAUGCUGCCAACCAACAGCAACCCCGUUGCCCCGCGCUUUAGGCCUCUGGUACCUCUUCCUCUGGCUGCGCCUCCUAUCUACCACUACACAGCCUCAAAAAACCCCAAGAAAGCUCCUUAUAGGUACAACAAGUCCAACAAGAAAUGGCACAAGGACAAUGUCAAGUCAUACAAGCAGGACUAUUGGUAUAAGCCUCAGAAGCAGCUUGACUACUGGUAUAAGCCCCAGAAACAAUUUCUAGCUUUCCCCUCUUAUCCAUACUACCAGAAGCCAUAUCGAGCAUACUACCCUGUUUAUUUCCCAUAUCCCAAAGCACAGUACUAUGGCAAGCCCUCCCCAUCCAGAGACCAGCCGUUCGCCCCCCAGGAACUUGACCUCCAGCCCCCAAGGCGCAGGCACCGAGGUGGGGGUAAGAACCGUGGUCAUGGUUGGAGGCAGCAGCCAGCGCCACGCCUGCCUCUCACCCCUUAUAUCUCUAACUAUAUCCUUCCUCACCCACGGACCUACCAAUCCCUACCUCCACCCAAACCAAUAACCCCGCCCAGGAGAGGCAGGAGACCCCCAUUCGUCUAUCAACAAGUCACACCGGCAGAUGACUAUGAGGAAGAUGGACUGGUGCCUCAGCUGAACAGUGAGGAGGAACUGGAGAACUUUAUUGAGAGGAUCUACAUGAAACGCAGAAUGUAUUGAGAGACUUUUUGGACAUGUUGUCAGAUCAGAGCGACUGACAGAGAUGGGAUAGAUUUACAGUAGCUGGAGAAAGGCUAAAAGAGAGGUGAAAAAAAAUGACUCAGAUGAGAUAUGUGUUUUGGGCCUGUUGAGAAUUUGAGAAUCAAGGAGUAAAAAGUACGAUUUUCUGUUGUUUUAAUCACUGUAAUUCUUGUUGAUUUUCUUGGUCAGGGAGACGAUGAAGGGGUCUCGGUUUUAGCUCCCUGUAACCAUGUUCAGCCUCUUGCUCAGUUUACAUUUUGAAACAGAACAUACCAUGGUGUAUGUCUGCCUCCAUUCAGGUCAAUCUCUGAUGCUCUUGCAUUAUACAGAGUUUUCUAGAGGACACACACACACACACACACACACACACACACACACACACACACACACACACACACACACACACACACACACACACACACACACACACACACACACACACACCUACAUGUAAUCCAAUUGUGGACACAUUCAGAAGCUGAUGUGCCAAUUGCAAGAUAACCAUGUUUACAACAUCACUUUGUAUCUUUUGUUUUAUAUUCUGUAUGUCAUAUUACAAAACUAAAGUAGUUCAAUGACUUCUACGGAUAUAAAAAAACAGAACACUGCUAUUGUCAAAUGUUCAAUGACAGUAUAUUUUGUUGUAUUUGAUGUGUGUAGUUGCCUUUCUUAUUCCUGAUUGGAUCAGCUUUAAAGAGCUGCAAUUUGCAAAGGUGCAAAAAUACACACAUUUCAGUUUUUCAGAGUUAAGGUUUUAGAUUCUUUCCUUACAAGCAGCAUGAUUCUUUAAGGGAAACAUCAUAUUGCAUAAUAUUAUCAUUUCAACCGGUCCCAAUGUAGAAACCCUGUGGACUCCAAAAGCACAAACUUAAACACUAAACACUUCCAACCUGGUGGACGAAGGGUUUUCAAUCAUUUUGGGAUCCAGAGGUUCUUGUGUUAACUUAUUUCUGGCAGUACCACCAUAAAUACCAUAACCACCACACCACUCCUUGACAUUGAAGGAGGCCUUCACAUUUGUUGAUCACAUCCUUGGCCAUAUUUCUUGCAUCAUUCAUUAUCUAUACUUUCACCUUUCUUUACAAAAAAUACUUGAAAUCACACGAAUCUGUUCUGCAGCCUUUUAAAACAGAUUUCCACCAAGAGGCUACAAACAUUUUGUUCAUUUUCAGAAGAAAUCCAUUGAAAAGUUUCAGGCCGGGGAGUCAGGGAUUGUGCUUAAACCGUUAAAUGCACGUCUUUCUACUUGCAUCUUAAAAAAUGAACAAAAAAAAGAAAAAAAAAAGAGAAAAAAUAAAACAGUAUAGGGAAUUCACAAUGGCUGUUUUCUCUGAAUAAACUGUGAACAUAAAAAAAAAGAAAUCUCAAAAGGAGGAGGGCCACUGUGUCCGCAGUGAAGCCAUCUGUCUUGUAAAAGGAGAGUGUUGUUGUUGAUGUCACCUUUAGCAUUGUAAGAUGUACAGUGUGAAAUAAAUAUGCCCGUGCAAUGUGUAAAUAACAGCAUGAUGAUUACUAGUUUUGCUAUAUGAUAAAAAAUAAAAGCAAUUAUUUUAUUAAA